AUGAAAUCCGAAAAGAUUGCAGUGUGCAGUGAGGGAGUGUCAGGGCAGUACCAGUACGACCAGAAGUACAUGUCCGGAGUGUUCACGAACAGCACUCAUGCACUUACUUUCGAAACGGAGCAGAGCAUAAAAGCAAAGAUGUGCGGCAUCAAAGCAGAGAAAGCACACUACCUCACCAUGGACUACGGCAUGUUUGUGUACGACAUCGACGCAGACAUGGAGGACAGGAGCUGCGCAAAAGUGGAGUACACCGGCCGGUACAAACGGCUCGAGCUCCUCAGGAGGAUAAACGACUUCAUGAAAGGUUACACGGCAAAGGAUAUGAAACAGGCAUGCGAAAGCCUGUAAACGCGAGGGACAAUGACUUAUGUCGUAGUGCCGACACCAUUGCGCCGCUUGCCUUGCAUAGCGGGGCACGCGUUUGUGUAUCAUUUGAUUGAUCAUUCAUAAUGAUAAAUACGUGAUCUAUAUCGACA